GAGAUCGAUGGCGCCAUCCAAGUACUGCCACCUUGCCUUGUUCCUCGUCAUUGCCCUGAUCGCCGCCACGCCGCAGCCUUCGGCGGCCAUCAGGGCCAAGCCCCCUACUUCCCCCACCACCACAGCUGCGCAGCCGUCGAAAUGGCACAGCUUCUUGGCACAUCUGUCCUGCUGGCCGUUUGUAUCACCGAUAUUCGGUCCGCCAUCGCCACCAGUCCCAAUGGCACCGCAGCCGAAAGAGUGUCUACCAUCGAUGAUGGGGCUGAUGCCAUGCAAAGACUUCAUCACCAACAACACCGCCCCGGUUCCUCCAUACCCAGGCAAGUGCUGUGACGGCUUCAAGUCACUCUUGGAGAACGCGCCCAUCUGCCUUUGCCACCUCGACACCGGCGACUUCGACAAGCUCUUCGGUCUCAUUGACGGAGAAAACUUCUUUGGUCUCCUGAGUAUCUGCCAAACUGACGGUCCGGGCGAAUAUGGAACCUGCGAUGGUCCUGUGCCACCCAUGAGGGUCACACCUACCCCUGAAGCUGCUCCACGAUUGGGCUGACGAUCAGAGCCUUCGUCGUCAUAGUGGCACUGAGAAAUCCAGAAACAAGAUGAAGCUAUAUGGUUCCAUACGUCGAUCGGUCAAGAUCCAUUAGUAGUAUUCGUAGAAGAUAUAGUGCAAGUUUGUUGAUUAGGGAGCGAGAAUUCUAUGUACUCCGUAGCUUCAUUGGAGACAAUGUCAUAGUCGUUCUGAAAAUUUGUAUUAGUUACCAUCGUCCAUCAUAAAUGUUAUCUUAAUGCAACCAUCAAAUGUGCAACUAGUU